AAGGCAUCGCUUUAAGUCACUGACACAUGUCUUCUUAGUUUCUUCUCCUCCGCCGUUUCGCCGCCGUAGACAAAAUGGCUUUUUCUCUCUCCGCCGCUUCUCACUCAUCACUCUGCUCCUCCGCCUCCACCAAAGUCUCUCUUUCCCCCGCCGUCUCUUCCUCAGCCCCUCUCGUUGCUCUUUCUUCCUCUUCAUCACAACCACAUUCUUUCUCUUCUCUCCGAAGCGUCAAAUCUUCCUCUCUAUUUCCACAUUUCUCCUUUACUCAGAGAAAAUAUCCGAUUAAUGGGACGAAGAACAGAGGUUGUAGCACGAAAUGUGCCGCCUCUGAUGCAGCUCAAUUGAGAAGCGCUAAAGAAGAUAUCAAAGUUCUUCUCCGGACAAAGUUUUGCCAUCCGAUAUUCGUCAGGUUGGGAUGGCACGAUGCUGGCACAUAUAACAAGAACAUCGAGGAGUGGCCACAGAGAGGUGGAGCUAAUGGAAGUCUUAGAUUUGAGGCUGAGCUUAAGCAUGCUGCAAAUGCUGGUCUCAUUAGUGCGUUAAAUCUAAUUCAGCCUAUCAAAGACAAGUAUUCUAACAUCUCUUACGCCGACUUAUUCCAGUUAGCUAGUGCCACUGCAGUGGAGGAGGCUGGUGGUCCUGAGAUCCCGAUGAAAUAUGGGAGAGUUGAUGUCUCGGUACCAGACCAAUGUCCAGAAGAAGGAAGACUCCCUGAUGCUGGACCGCCUUCACCAGCUGAUCAUUUGAGAGAUGUAUUCUACAGAAUGGGACUCAAUGAUCAGGAGAUUGUUGCCUUAUCUGGUGCACAUACCCUAGGAAGAGCCAGACCAGAACGUAGCGGUUGGGGAAAACCUGAGACAAAGUACACGAAAACUGGACCUGGAGAAGCAGGGGGACAGUCUUGGACGGUGAAAUGGCUUAAGUUUGACAAUUCCUAUUUCAAGGAUAUCAAAGAAAAGAGGGACGAAGAUCUUCUCGUGUUACCAACUGAUGCUGCGCUAUUUGAAGAUCCUUCAUUCAAGAACUAUGCAGAGAAGUAUGCUGAAGAUCCGGCUGCAUUUUUCAAGGAUUACGCUGAAGCUCAUGCCAAGCUCAGCAAUCUCGGGGCUAAAUUUGAUCCUCCUGAGGGUAUCAUCAUUGACAACGACCCUGCACAAGGAACUCCAGAGAAGUUCGUAGCCGCUAAGUAUUCCACUGGAAAGAAGGAGCUUUCGGAGUCAAUGAAGAAGAAGAUAAGAGCAGAGUAUGAAGCAAUUGGAGGAAGCCCAAAUAAGCCCUUACCCACUAAUUACUUCCUCAACAUCAUUAUCGCCAUCAGCGUUUUGGUCCUCUUGUUCACUUUCUUUGGUAAUAACAACUCCGAUUACUCUGGUUUCUAAUUGCAUAAAUUAGAAAAAGUAUAUAUAUUUUUGAUUUAUCUUACCUGUA